CAGCUUGUGAAGCUUUGGGCAAACUUUCUCCGCAUGAGUUGGUCAAACGUUCCAUAGAUUUGGUGAAGAAGCUGGAGGACGCUGAUGCAAAUGUCCGCUGUGCAGCUUGUAGAGCUUUGGGCAGCCUUUUGCCGGAUGAGUUGGUCAAACGUUCCAUAGAUUUGGUGAAGAAGCUGAAGGACGCUGAUGCAAAUGUCCGCUGUGCAGCUUGUAGAGCUUUGGGCAGCCUUUCUCCGGAUGAGUUGGUCAAACAUUCCGUAGAUUUGGUGAAGAAGCUGGAGGACGCUGAUGCAAAUGUCCGCUGUGCAGCUUGUAGAGCUUUGGGCAAACUUGCUCCGGAUGAGUUGGUCAAACAUUCCUUAGAUUUGGUGAAGAAGCUGGAACACGCUGAUGCAAAUGUCCGCUGUGCAGCUUGUAGCGCUUUGGGCAGCCUUUCUCCGGAUGAGUUGGUCAAACAUUCCGUAGAUUUGGUGAAGAAGCUGGAGGACGCUGAUGCGAAUGUCUGCUGUGCAGCUUGCAGAGCUUUGGGCAGCCUUUCUCCGGAUGAGUUGGUCAAACAUUCCGUAGAUUUGGUGAAGAAGCUGGAGGACGCUGAUGCAAAUGUCCGCUGUGCAGCUUGUGAAGCUUUGGGCAGCCUUUCUCCGGAUAAGUUGGUCAAACAUUCCGCUGAUUUGGUGAAGAAGCUGAAGGACUCUGAUGCAGAUGUCCGCCAAGCAGCUUGUCGAGCUUUGGGCAACCUUUCUUCAAAGGAGUUGGCCGAGUGCUCCUCGCAGUUGUUGAAGAUGCUGGAAGACCCUGAUGCAUGGGUCCGCAGUGCAGCUUGUGACGCUUUGGGCGGCCUUUCUUCCAUUCAGUUGGCAAAGCACUCCUCAGAGCUGGUAAAGAACUUGGCAGAGAAGAAGUUGGAUUUGGAGUCUUCCUCGGCUAUUUUCAGAGUUCCAAUUCAAUCCGCACCUAGUCGGGACACCUGGUUGCACAUUGCUGCCAAACAUGGCAGCUUUGAGGUUUGCCGCGCAGUGCUUCACGGCAGAUUCGCCGCACCGGCCCAGCGGAAUUAUCAUAAAAAAAACCGCUAGCGAUGUUGCUGCUGCCCAUGGACACAAAGAACUGGCUGAAGAGUUGAAACCAAAAGUGCUGGAGACAAGAGGCGGCACGGGCGCGGCAUUUGCCAAAGCUUGGGAUUGCAAAGACAUGGUAACUGAAGUGAGCUGGUGGAUGUUGCCUUUGCCCGGCGUUGUAGGUUCUUGUUUUGGAACCGUGCAUUCAAUGUUGAAGAUUCGAGCUGGCGAGAAGUCGUUUCUGAUUGAAGGAGCCUUCCCCGAACGGGUUAAGAGGUACGGGGAGACCACGGAGGAAAUCAAGCAAGCUGCAAAGAACGGAUUGUUUGUGUCAGAGUGGUCGGAUGUCGAAAAUGCCGAUAACCUGCGGGAUCUUCAUGGGAAGCAGCUAUGGGGAGAUCACCUUGGCAAUGCAAUCACCACUCGUGACUUGAUUCGCCAUUUGCUGAGAAAGGGUCUCUACAACACCGGCAGGAACAACUGCCAUCACACAGCCUUCCACGGAUAUAACUUCUGUGCAGCUACCAAGGAGCAACUCAGAAGUCUUCCCGUCAACUAUGCUCAGACCAAGUUAGCGUGGGGCUUGUCCCUAGUCGGAAUUGACCUUGCAGGGUCGAGGUCUUGUGGCCAGGCCAUCCCUCUUGCAUCGCCACUCUAUACAGGCAUUUCCAGGGACAAGAACUUCACAGGAGACGUCCCACCAACUUGGAUAGGUGAAACCCACGAUGGGUUUGUUGACGUGGCUCGACACUCUGACGAGUGGCUUGGGAUCGAGACGUCCUUGAGAGAGAAUGGUGGUGCUGAGAUCCCUGACUUUCACAUCGAGAGGAUUCAACGGAAUCAGAACUUGGAGAUGCUGAAAGACUUUAGAACUGAAUUUCGCAAGGUCCACGGUCAGAGGCAGCUGCAGUUGCUCCAUGCUCCAGGUGCAGCCCAUGAUCUUGUAGCAGAAAGAGGCUUUGCAAAGGCUUAUGCCAACAUGAACUUCAAUGCCUAUGGUGCAGGGUUCUACUUCGCUCAAGAUCUUCGCCUACCAGACUUCUUUGCCACUGGUCGUGAAAACCAUCCAGGGCCGUCUGAAGCCAGACUCGUGCUGCUUUGCUGCGUGGCCGCUGGCAAGUCGGCUAUCAAGCAACGUAUUUUCCCGUUUGUGCCAGGCGACCCCAAGAGCGGCAGACCUGUAGGCGAGUGGCAGGCAGAGUUGGCCAAACCUGAGAACCGAAAGGCGCCUGAUGGCUGUCAAAGCUGCAUAUCGGACACAAAUGAUGAGCUGAUUGUUUAUGAAGCCAACCAAAUCUACGUGGAGUACUCCAUCCGGUACACGAGCAGUGCAUUUGCCGGAAAUCCUUAUGACAACUUGCGAGGAUCUCUCAAAGAGAUUCCUCAAGAAACAUGAUUUUUUGGAUUUUGGAUCACGCCUUUCAGGGAUUUUCCGCCCUCCAAAGGAAGGGCCCUCCCACGGAAUCAGCCAGAGAUUGACAAGGACUUGUCAAA